AUGGCGUCCGCCGAUUCCGCUGCUGCAUCCAGCGCCCAGUCUCGUCCCGCCGGGAUGGAGAGCUUCGUCGUCGGCCUGAUUGGCAUGGGCGACAUGGGCAAGAUGUACGCGCAGAGACUUUCUGCUGCUGGCUGGAACAUACUGGCUUGUGACAGAGAUGACAAGUACGAGGCGUUGAGGGACGAGUUUGCUGGAAAAAAGAAUAUACAAAUCUGCCGCAAUGGUCACUUCGUCUCCCGCGCCAGUGACUACAUCAUAUACAGUGUGGAAGCCGCAACCAUUGAUCGUGUAAUCGCUCAGUAUGCGCCUUCCACCAAACUUGGUGCUAUUGUUGGCGGCCAGACCUCCUGCAAGGACCCAGAGAUCCAAGCGUUCGAGCGGCACCUCCCAGCCGAUGUGGACAUUGUGUCGUGCCACUCUCUGCACGGCCCCGGUGUCGACCCCCUCAACCAGCCGCUCGUCAUCAUCCCCCAUCGCGCCUCCGCCGAAUCGAUCGCCAAGGUCGAGACGGUCCUCUCCGUUCUCCGCUCCAAGCAUGUCCACCUCUCGGCCAAGGAACAUGACCGCAUCACGGCCGACACACAAGCCGUAACGCACGCAGCCUUCCUCUCCAUGGGCAAGGCCUGGCACGCCAACACGCAGUUCCCGUGGGCCCUCUCCCGCUACGUGGGCGGCGUCGAGAACGUCAAGAUCAACAUUAUGCUGCGCAUCUACUCGCAAAAGUGGCACGUCUACGCCGGCCUCGCCAUCCUCAACCCCGAGGCGCGCAAGCAAAUCUCCCAGUACGCCCGCUCCGUGACGGACCUCUACAAGCUCAUGCUCGAGGGCGACGCCGCGGCCUUGCGCGCCCGCGUUUUCGCGGCCAAGGAGCGCGUCUUUGGCAGCGACGGCGCGCCGCUCUGGGGCGGCCAGCCGCUGCUCGACCCGGGCCACGUGUUCCGCAGCCCCGGCGUGCUCGAGGACGCGCUGCGCGUCGCCAUUGACGAUCUCCGGUACCGAUCGGACGAUCUCGAGUUUACGUUCGCGGCGCGGGGCUGGGCGGAGAGCGUGUCACUGGGUAACUUUGAGACGUGGAAGAACCGGUUCGAGACGACGCAGGCGUUCUUCGAGCCGCGCUUCAAGGAGGCGGGCGUGGUCGGCAAUGCCAUGAUGAAGGCUGUGUUUGAGAGCUCGAAGUAG